UCUUCUCACAGAGAGAGAGAGAGAGAGAGAGAGAUGGCCUUCUUUUCCAUGACAUUAGUGGUCAAGGGUCUUUUCGUAAUUUAUGUCAUUUUAAUGGUGGGCCCCAUUGGUUCGAAUGGCAGUGAAUAUGCUCGUGGUGGGGUAGAAGAAGAGGGUCUUGAGAACGUGACGCGGCCCACAAGAAAACUUGUUGCUGUGGAAGGUGUCAUCUAUUGCAAAUCAUGCAAGUUCCAAGGGGUGAACACCUUUCUGGGUGCUUCCCCACUUUCUGGUGGGGUGGCAAGGUUGCAGUGCAACAACAGCAAGAGAGCAGUAACAGCAGAGGGAAAAACGGACAAGAACGGCUACUUCUUCAUACAUACUCCGAACGUGACCAGCUACGGCGUCCACAAGUGCAAGGUCUAUUUGGGAUCUUCACCAUUAGAGACGUGCAAGAAUGCAACGGAUCUUAACGGUGGGGUGACAGGUGCAACGCUGAAGUUCCACAAGGUUCUGGAGGGACCCACCCCUCUGGCCAUCUACUCUAGUGGGCCCUUUGCUUUUGCUCCGUCCAAUACAACCUCAUGCCCCCAUUCCCCUUAGAAAUAUUUAUGUAGGUAUGUGUGGCUGAGAGAGAGAGAGAGAGAGAGAGAGAGAGAGAGAGAGAGAGGGUGUAUGUGGUAAUAUGAUGGAAUAAAUUGGAAUUUAUGGUUUU